AUGGCUCCCGUCAUCGAGAAGCCUCGCCCAAUUGUGGUAUCCGGUCCAUCAGGCGCUGGAAAGUCCACCCUCCUCAAGCGCUUGUUCGAGGCUUACCCGAAUCGCUUCGGAUUCUCCGUGUCGCAUACCACCAGAGCGCCGCGAGAAGGCGAGAAAGAUGGCGUGGACUACAACUACACUACCAAGGAGAACUUCCUGAAGAUGGUGGAUGAGGGCGGCUUCAUUGAGCAUGCGCAGUUUGGAAGCAAUCUCUACGGAACGAGUGUGCAGGCGGUCAAGAACGUGGCUGAUCAGGGUAGAACAUGCAUUUUGGAUAUCGAGAUGGAGGGCGUCAAGCAGGUCAAGAAGACCGACCUCAAUGCACGCUUCGUGUUCCUGCAGCCGCCGUCGGUCGAGGUCCUGGAAAAGCGGUUGCGAGGCAGAGCAACUGACAAGGAGGAGGCCAUCAAGGAACGCCUAGCUCAAGCUGAAAAGGAGAUCGGGUACUCCAAGACACCUGGUGUCCACGAUCAGAUCAUCGUCAAUGAUGAUCUCGAGAAAGCCUGGCAAGAGUUCAAGGCCUUCUGCGUCCCGGAUGACCAAUAG